AAAAGCUGGGGACCCGGGCAGAGGCCACUCGUGAACCCCGGUGGGGAGGGCGAGUGGGCCUCUGCUGGGCGUUCGCGUGUCCCGGACGUGCGAGGGCGACACAGCCUAGCAGGUGGAAUUGGGCUAUUGGUGAAGCUUCUUUCUCUGGUAGCCCAGGGAGAAAUUUAAGUUUUGACUUGUUCUUACUAUGGCUCUGGUUCACAAAUUGCUGAAUGGCACUUAUAUUCUCAGUAAAGGCCUAAAGCCAAGUGUUGCCGCAUGUCCAUUUUUGAGUACCCGCUCUGCAGACUAUUGUUCCAGUAGUCUUCAGAAACCAGUGGCUACUCCUGGCAAAGCUUCCACUCAGAGGACCUCUGCAGGGGGUUUGCAAGGAGAUCAGAGAGAAGUUGCUUUGGAUAUACCUUCUCCUGAGGAGAAGCCUGAAGUUAGUUUUGAUAAAGCAAUUAAAGAUGAAAUCAAGGAACAUUUUAGGCGUUUGAAGGAUGAGAUUGUGAAUCAUUGGAUAGGGCCUGAAGGCCGCCCUCUGCAGGAGAUCAUUCUGGAACAAGCCAGAGUUGUCUGGCAGUUCCGUGGAAAAGAAGAUUUGGACAAGUGGAUAGUGACUUCGGAUAAGACAAUUGGAGGCAAAAGUGAAGUGUUCCUGAAAAUGGGCAAGAAUAACCAGAGUGCACUGCUGUAUGGAACUCUGAGCUCUGCGGCGCCUCAGGAUGGGGAGAAUAGUCAGAGCGGAUACUGUGCAAUGAUAUCCAAGAUUCCAAGGGGUGCUUUUGAGAGAAAGAAGUCUUAUGAUUGGUCUCAGUUCAAUACCCUGUAUCUCCGUGUCCGUGGAGAUGGUCGGCCUUGGAUGGUGAAUAUCAGGGAGGACACAGAUAUAAUUCAGAAGAAUAAUCAGAUGUACAGUUACUUCAUGUUCACCCGUGGUGGGCCCUACUGGCAGGAGGUCAAGAUUCCUUUCUCCAAAUUUUUCUUCUCUAAUCAAGGAAGAAUCCGGGAUGCCCAGUUCCAGCUUCUACUUGACAAGAUCUCCUCUAUUGGAUUCACCCUGGCUGAUAAAGUGGAUGGUCCAUUCUUCCUGGAAAUAGAUUUUAUUGGAGUUUUUGCUGAUCCAGCCCACACAGAAGAAUUUGCCUAUGAAAAUUCUCCAGUGCUUAACCCAAGACUUUUUAAAUAGAGAUCAUGUAGUAGUGUAGUAUCCACCAUGCUGAUACAGAGACAAAAUAAAGUAUUUCUUUAAUGGCA